GCCCACUAUCUACCAGCCAUGAAACCCGCAUCGCUGUUCGCCUACCCAGCUGCCACCAUCUGCCUCAUCCUCGCCGCAUCCGCUGAGUCCCGCCCAUUCUCCGCCAUCCUCAAAUCGUUCCACAUCUUCGACUCGCAAUCCCCGCUGAGACUGCACAACCCCUUUGCCAGCGGCAUGCCUCCUACAGAUGACACCGUAUCCACCGGCGUCAUAAUAUCCGAUGUCAUCGGCAAGACGCAAUCCAUCGCCAUUUUUAGCGGUCUGACGCGCGAUAUCGACACCGUAUCGGGUCGUCUAGACGAUGCGUCCAAGAAUGCUACAGUAUUAGCCCCGGACAACAGCGUAAUGCGGAGUUUGACGCGGAAGCCGUGGGAAGAUCCGGAGGAUUAUAAUUCAUUUGGCGCGGAUGCGUACAGUGGGAAGGAUGGAGAGGAUAGGGCGCAUAGGAAUCUGCGGCGGUUCGUGGAGAGCCAUAUCGUGCCUGAGUCCCCGUGGGAAGAAGGGAAGAAGGUCCAGACUUUGGCCGGGAACGAAGUUUGGUGGGAAAGCAAGGAGGGAAAGAAGACGAUCCAGCCUGGGGAUGUUGAAGUGACCAGCAUCGCUGACAAAGUUUUAAAUGGCGAGGUCUGGAUCAUUGAAGGCUCAUUGGCAUAGUGAUGCCUUUGAAAUGCGAUGAUGAUUACUUGUAUUGCCUACGUUCAUGGGAUUGGGUAGUAGCCGGAAUACUACAGCCUGUUUGGACAUGUCCAGCCGUACGACGUAGAGCUACAACACUGCAACGUUUAGAUACCAGUUCCUUUGCCUACAUAAUCAAAUAUCUCUAGACCCCGAAUUCAUAAUCCGAGC